GGGAGUCUCGGCCGAGCCUCCCCCCUACCCGAGCAGCUGAGGGCGGGGCGCAGGCUGGUCCGGGGCGGCCGCGGCUCCAUGGGGCUCUUGGGGCUGCUGAGCCUGCUGCACUCAGCCGUCUUCGGGGACCAGGCGCUGCAGGAGCUGAAGAUGACGAGCUCCGUGGCGCCCUACGAGCAGCUGGUGCGGCAGGUGGAGGCCUUGAAGGCCGAGAACAGUCACCUGAGGCAGGAGCUGCGAGACAACUCGAGCCACCUGUCCAAGCUAGAGACGGAGACGUCCGGCAUGAAGGAGGUCCUGAAGCACUUACAAGGCAAGCUGGAGCAGGAGGCCGGAGUGCUGGUGUCCUUGGGGCAGACGGAGGUGCUGGAACAGCUGAAAGCCCUGCAGAUGGACAUCACCAGCCUGUACAACCUCAAGUUCCAGCCCCCAGCCCUAGGUCCUGAGCCCACUGGCCGGACCCCCGAAGGAAGUCCAGUACACGGCUCCGGGCCUUCGAAGGACAGCUUUGGGGAGCUGAGCCGGGCGACCAUCCGGCUGCUGGAGGAACUGGACCGGGAGAGGUGCUUCCUGUUGAACGAGAUCGAGAAGGAGGAGAAGGAGAAGCUCUGGUAUUACUCACAGCUGCAGGGCCUGUCCAAGCGCCUGGACGAGCUCCCGCACGUGGAGACGCAGUUCUCGAUGCAGAUGGACCUGAUCCGGCAGCAGCUGGAGUUCGAGGCCCAGCACAUCCGCUCGCUGAUGGAAGAACGCUUCGGCACCUCGGACGAGAUGGUGCAGCGCGCGCAGAUCCGCGCUUCUCGCUUGGAGCAAAUCGAUCAGGAGCUGCUGUCCGCACAGGACCGGGUGCAACAGACAGAGCCCCAGGCCCUGCUGGCGGUGAAGUCGGUGCCGGUGGACGAGGAUCCAGAGACUGAAGUCCCCACACACCCGGAGGAUGGUGUCCCUCAGCCCGGCAACAGCAAGGUGGAGGUGGUCUUCUGGCUGCUGUCCAUGCUGGCAACGCGUGACCAGGAGGACACGGCGCGCACCCUGCUGGCCAUGUCCAGCUCGCCGGAGAGCUGCGUGGCCAUGCGCCGCUCGGGGUGCCUGCCGCUGCUGCUGCAGAUCCUGCACGGCACCGAGGCCGGCGCUGGGGGUCGCGACGGAAGCCCCGGGGCGACGGGCGCCAAGGACGCACGCAUGCGCGCCAACGCGGCGCUGCACAACAUCGUCUUCUCGCAACCUGACCAGGGCCUGGCGCGCAAGGAGAUGCGCGUCCUGCACGUGCUGGAGCAGAUCCGGGCCUAUUGUGAGACCUGCUGGGACUGGCUGCAGGCCAGGGACGGCGCCGAGGGAGGCGGCGCCAGCGGCGCUCCCGUCCCCAUCGAGCCCCAGAUCUGCCAGGCCACCUGUGCCGUGAUGAAGCUGUCUUUUGACGAGGAAUACCGCCGAGCCAUGAACGAGCUGGGUGGGCUGCAGGCCGUGGCAGAGUUACUGCAAGUUGACUAUGAGAUGCACAGAAUGACCCGGGACCCGCUGAACCUCGCCCUCCGUCGAUACGCCGGCAUGACCCUCACCAACCUCACCUUUGGAGACGUGGCCAACAAGGCCGCACUGUGUGCCCGCCGGGGCUGCAUGGAGGCCAUCGUGGCCCAGCUGGCUUCUGAGAGCGAGGAGCUGCACCAGGUUGUGUCCAGCAUCCUGCGGAACCUGUCCUGGCGGGCCGACAUCCACAGCAAGAAGGUGCUGCGGGAGGUGGGCAGCAUGACCGCCCUGAUGCGGUGCGUCCUUCGAGCCUCCAAGGAGUCCACCCUGAAGAGUGUGCUCAGCGCCCUGUGGAACCUGUCGGCGCACAGCACGGAGAACAAGGCGGCCAUCUGCCAGGUGGACGGCGCCCUGGGCUUCCUGGUGAGGACACUGACCUACAAGUGCCAGAGCAACUCGCUGGCCGUCAUCGAGAGUGGCGGCGGCAUCCUGCGCAACGUGUCCAGCCUCAUCGCCACGCGGGAGGACUACAGGCAGGUGCUGCGGGACCACAACUGUCUGCAGACGCUGCUGCAGCACCUGACGUCCCACAGCCUGACCAUCGUGAGCAACGCGUGCGGCACGCUCUGGAACCUGUCGGCCCGCAGCCCGCGCGACCAGGAGCUGCUGUGGGACCUGGGGGCCGUGGGCAUGCUGCGGAACCUGGUGCACUCCAAGCACAAGAUGAUCGCCAUGGGCAGCGCCGCGGCCCUGCGCAACCUGCUGGCCCACCGGCCCGCCAAGUACCAGGCGACGGCCACCGCCGUGUCCCCCGGCGCGUGCGCACCCAGUCUGUACGUGAGGAAGCAGCGGGCGCUGGAGGCCGAGCUGGACACGCGACAUCUGGCCCAGGCGCUCGACCACCUGGAGAAGCAGGGCCUGCCCGAGGCCGAGGCCGAGGCCGCCUCCAAGAAGCCGCUGCCGCCCCUGCGGCACCUGGACGGGCUGGCCCGGGACUACGCCUCCGACUCCGGCUGCUUCGACGACGACGAGGCGCCCUCCCUGGCCGCCGCCGCCUCGACCGCCGAGCCCGCCAGCCCCGCCGUGCUGUCCCUCUUCCUGGGCAGCCCCUUCCUGCAGGGACAGGCUCUGGCCCGCGCCCCGCCCGCCCGCCGCAGCGGCCCGGAGGCGGAGAAGGAGGCCGGCGGGGAGGCGGCCGUGGCGGCCAGGGCCAAGGCCAAGCUGGCGCUGGCGGUGGCGCGGAUCGACCGGCUGGUGGAGGACAUCUCAGCCCUGCACACCUCGUCCGACGACAGCUUCAGCCUCAGCUCCGGGGACCCCGGGCAGGAGGCCCCGCGGGAGGGCCGCGCCCAGUCCUGCUCCCCUUGCCGGCGGCCGGAGGGCAGGCGGCAGGAGGCCGGCGGCCGGGCCCACCCGCUGCUUCGGCUCCAGGCCGCCCACGCCAGUCUGUCCAACGACAGCCUCGACAGCGGCAGCAGCGCCGGUGACGGGCGCUGCCCCCGCGAGCACACGAGGCCCUGCCCGCUGGCCGUGCUGGCCGAGCACCACGAGGGGGCCCCGUGCAGCCAGGCGCGGCCCAGCCGGCUGGACCUCAGCCCGCUGGGCGGCCGGGAGCCGGCCGGGAGGGACGGCUCUGCGGCCGACGCCUGCGUGCGCACCAUCAAGCUCUCGCCCACCUACCAGCACGUGCCCACGCUCUUCGAGGGCCACCCCAGGGCGGGGGCGGGGCCCCUGGCCGCCGGGGCCCGGAAGCAGGCCUGGCUGCCCACGGAGGGCCUGAGCCAGCUGCCCGAGAAGCCGGCGGCAGAGACGGCGCCCCUCCGCCUGUCCCGCUGCAGCUCUCUGUCCUCGCUGUCCUCGGCCGGCCGCCCCGGCCCCAGUGAGGCCGGGGACCUGGACAGCGACUCGUCCCUGGAGGCACUGGAGGAGGCGGGACCCGGCAAGGCGGACCUGGACGGAGCCUGGCUCGGGCCUGGGGCCGCCUCCCUGCCCGUGGCCAUCCCGGCGCCGCACCGGGGCCGCGGCCUGGGGGCGGAGGACACCACGCCGUCUAGCUCCUCCGAGAACUGCGUGCAGGAGACGCCGCUGGUGCUGAGCCGCUGCAGCUCCGUGAGCUCCCUGAGCAGUUUCGAGAGCCCGUCCAUCGCCAGCUCCGUCCCCAGCGACCCGUGCAGCGGGCUGGGCAGCGGCACGGUCAGCCCCAGCGAGCUGCCCGACAGCCCCGGGCAGACCAUGCCGCCCAGCCGCAGCAAGACGCCCCCGCUGGCCCCUGCGCCCCCCGGCGAGCGCGAGAGCACCCAGUUCAGCUUGCAGUGGGAGAGCUACGUGAAGCGAUUCCUGGACAUCGCCGACCGCCGGGAGCGCUGCCGGCUGCCGUCGGAGCUCGACGCCGGCAGCGUCCGCUUCACGGUGGAGAAGCCGGACGAGAACUUCUCGUGCGCCUCGAGCCUCAGCGCGCUGGCCCUGCACGAGCACUACGUGCAGAAGGAUGUGGAGCUGCGGCUGCUGCCCCCCGCCUGCCCGGAUCGCGGCGGCGGCCCCGGCCCCGGCCCCGGCCCCGGCCCGCACCUCGCGGGGCACCGCCGGCGGGACGAGGCCGCUGGGUGCCUGGAGGGGCCGGCAGCCGCCGACCAGGAGCUGCAGCUGCUGCGCGAGUGCCUGGGGGCAGCCGUGCCCGCCCGGCUCCGCAAGGUGGCCUCGGCCCUGGUGCCCGGCCGCCGCGCGCUGCCCGUGCCCGUGUACAUGCUGGUGCCCGCCCCCGCCCGAGGGGACGACUCAUGCACCGACUCAGCCGAGGGCACGCCGGUCACCUUCUCCAGUGCCACCUCGCUCAGCGACGAGACGCUGCAGGGACCUCCCAGGGACCCACCCGCCGGGCAGGCAGCCGGCCGGAAGACCGCAGGUCGGGAGGCCGCCGCCAGGCAGGCCACCGGGCACCGCCACGGGGCGUGGGGCGGGGGCCGGAGCGCAGAGCAGGCCCGGGGGGCGGGCACGAGCCGGGUGGGGCUGGAGCUGCCCCUCCGCCAGCCCUCGAGCGCCUGCACGGACAGGGACGGCCCCCGCCCGGGCCAGGCACGUGGGGACGGGGCACCGCAGUCGCUGUGCCUCACGACGCCCACCGAGGAGGCCGUGUACUGCUUCUACGACAACGACUCCGAUGAAGAGCCGUCCGAGGCGGUGGCGCCCCCGCGGCGGGCGUCCGCCAUCCCCCGUGCCGUGAAGAGAGAGCACCCGGCCGGCAGGAAGGACGCACAGGCCACACCCAAGGCCGCAGCCAAGGCCCUGCCCGCUGCCCGCGCCCAGCCCAGCCUCAUCGCCGACGAGACCCCGCCAUGCUAUUCCCUGAGCUCCUCCGCCAGCUCCCUCAGCGAGCCUGAGCCCCCUGAGCAGCCGGCCACCCGGCCCCGUGCUCCCGAGCCGGCCGUCGCCAAAGUCGUGGGCCCGGGGGGCGGGUGCAGCGGCGCCCCCAGCCCGCGGGCGGGGACGGGGACGGGGCCGGGGCCGCUCCGGCGCUGUGUCGGGUCAGCCGUGCCCGGGCGCCGGCUCCAGGCGUCAGGCCCGCGGCGCCGCAAGCCCCAGGCUGCCCGGCCAGACAAACGGCCAGCGGAGCGGCCCCAGGAGCGCGGUGACGAGGCGGCGGGCUCAGACCAGGCCUCCGACCUGGACAGCGUCGAGUGGCGCGCCAUCCAAGAGGGCGCCAACUCCAUCGUCACGUGGCUGCACCAGGCGGCGGCCGCGGCCACCCACGAGGCCUCAUCUGGCUCUGACUCCAUCCUGUCGGAGUCCGGGCUGUCAGGCUCCACCCUGCAGCCGCCGGUGCACAGGAAGGGACAGCGGCUGCAGGCGGGCAGUGCCGCGAGGCCGAGGCCGGAGAAGCGGGACUCAACCCUGGCCCAGCACGGCCCCAGUGGCCCCGAGAAGCUGCGUGGUGCUCAGAAGACGGCGUGCAGGGUGCCGGCCGUGCUCCGGGGACGGACCGUGAUCUAUGUGCCCAGCCCGGCCCCCCGGGCACAGCCCAGAGGCAACCCCGGCACCCGUGUGGCACCGAGGAAGGUGGGAGCCCCUGCGCAGCCCGCAGCCCCGGCCAAAGCCCCCAGCCCCGGGCAGCAGCAGCAGCAGCAGCAGCAGCAGCAGCAGCAGCAGCGGUCUCGAAGCCUACACCGGCCGGGCAAGAUCUCGGAGCUGGCGGCACUGAGCCCCCCCCAGCGGAGCGCCACGCCGCCCGCCCGCCUGGCGAAGGCCCCCUCGUCCGGCUCCUCCCCGGCCUCCCCGGCCUCCCAGGCCCCGCCCAGGAGGCCGCCCUCGGGCCCCCAGGCUGCGGGGCCCCUACCUGGUCCCGGGGCGUCUCUGGCGCCCCAGACGCCCGCGCGGGCCCUACUGUCCAAGCAGCACAAGACGCAGAAGUCACCCGUGCGGAUCCCCUUCAUGCAGAGGCCCGCCAGGCGGGGGCCGCCAGCCCUGGCCCGGGCAGCCCCGGAGCCGGGCCCCAGGGGCCGGGCAGGAGCCGAGGGAAGCCCGGGCGCCCGAGGGGGCCGCCUGGGCCUGGUGCGCGUGGCCUCCGCCCGCUCCAGUGGCAGCGAGUCCUCCGACCGCUCAGGUUUCCGGCGGCAGCUGACCUUCGUCAAGGAGUCCGCGGGCCUGCCGCGCCGCCGCCGCUCAGAGGUGGCCGCGCCCGAGGCCGCGCCCUCCGCCUCCCAGGGCGGCUCCCCCCGGCGCGGUCGGCCCGCCCUGCCCGCGGUCUUCCUGUGCUCCUCGCGCUGCGACGAGCUGCGGGCGGCCCCCCGACGACCCCCUGCAGCCAGGCCCGGCCCCGGCGAGCGGCCGGCGCGGCGCCCCAGCUCCGAAAGCCCGUCCCGCCUGCCCGUCCGCACGCCGGCCGCCCGGCCCGAGGCCGUCAAGCGCUACGCCUCCCUGCCGCACAUCAGCGCGCUGCCGGGGCCCGCGGCCGACGCCGCCCGCCGCAGCAGCGACGGGGAGGCCCGGCCGCUCCCGAGGGUGGCGGCCCCGGGCACCACGUGGCGUCGCAUCCGGGACGAGGACGUUCCGCACAUCCUUCGGAGCACGCUGCCCGCCACCGCCCUGCCCCUGGUGGGCGCCUCCCCCGAGGAGGGCCCCGGCGGGCCCCCGCAGCGCAAGACCAGCGACGCCGUGGUUCAGACCGAGGACUUCGUUGCCGCCAAGACCAACUCCAGCACGUCUCCGAGCCUGGAGAGCAGGGGGCCCUCCCAGGCCCUGGGCGGCGGCCCCACAUCCUUCCCUGGCAGCGAUGUGGAUGGGCCCUGCCCCCCCAAGGCGCCCACCUCUGCCCCCUUCGUCCAUGAGGGCCUGGGGGUGGCCGUGGGAGGCUUUCCCACCAGCCGGCACGGCUCCCCCAGCCGCGCGGCCCGCGUGCCCCCCUUCAACUAUGUGCCCAGCCCCAUGGUGGCAGCCGCCGCCGACUUGGCCGCAGAGAAAGCCCCCACCGCCGCCCCCGCCAGCCUUCUGGAAUAGUGGCCGGGGCUGGCCUUCUGGAACAUCCUCUCCAGGUCGAGGGCUGGCCUGGCUGCCCAGGGGGUGGUCCCACGGUCCAUCUACCCUCCAGAGCCCCUGCCCUUGGAGCCCCCCUGCAGCCUGAAUCGGCCUCACAUCUCACGCACAGAUGCUUGCUCCGCGCCGCGGGGGCUCUGGAAAGAGGUGGAGCUGAGGGCCGGAGCUGCGGUCCCAACCUGGCCCCCACGCAGAGACCACCCUCCCAGCUCGGGCUGCCCUGCGCAGUGUGCUCGUGGCCCCGAGCUUCAGCAAGACCCUCCCGUUUCGGGAGGUGCAGGGAAGUGGCAACCCGCCCGGGGCGGGGGACGGAGCGGGGAGGGUGGCCCCCUCGAGCGGGCGCCCGCCCGCGCGCGCCGGGAUGAAGCCUGUAACGUUGGAGGCCCCGUAAUUGGUUAAUGAUGGCUUUGCCGGUUCGCUUGCCGUCUCAGCCCCAGCUGGGGGCGUGGGGGCGGGCGCGGCUGAGCCCCAGACAGCGCCGUCUAGCGAGCCGGGAGCGCCCCGCCGCCGGGCGGCCCGGAACUGCAGGGAGAGAGACUGGUGCCCGGACGAUGGGGACGGUCAACAGCCCGGCCGGGGCGGGGGCGCCCGACCGCAACGGGCGGGAGGAAGCGUGUGGAGGGACGCCCCCGAAGGCCACCGCCGCCGCGCUUCUCUGUUCCAUUCUCCUUCGCCACGCACGAAGCGCUGGGCCCCACGGGCCUCGCGCCAGGGACGGCACAGCUGCGGGAGAUGCCGGCC